AUGGCAUUUACGGAAGAGAAAUUUGCAAGACAACUAACAAUAGCCAAACUCAAGCUUGAGGAAAUUACUGAAUUAUCACAGAGUGAAUGUACUGCUGAUAUAACAAUGGCGUAUGAACAAGUAGGCGAGUUACUGAAACGGCUGGAGCAUUCGAGAGAUCAAACAACUGAAUAUCUGUUAGACAAAGAAUCAGAAUUAGAGUAUGUGAAGCAGUGGACAACAACGCAGAAAGCGUCCAUGCAACCAAUCAGGGAGGCUCGUCAGCAUAUCAGAAAAUUGGUUGAUGAUGCAACAGAGCGAGAGACACAAGGGAAACUAGAAAAGGAACUACAUAUCCAGCAAAGGGUGAGUGAAGAGCAAUCCAAACACCGACUACGACAACAACAAGAAAUUGAAGAGAUAAUUAUUCGUCAACAAAAACGAGAGGAGGAGUGGUAUUUGAGAAAACUUGAUUAUGAAAAACAAAUACAAGCUAGACAUGCUGAACAGGUGAGCAGUGGGGAGUCUUUAACAGCGCCCUCUACACAAGCAGUGAAACUACAAAAGUACACUAUUACUCCUUUCUCUGGUGAUUACAAAGACUGGUUACGCUUUUGGAAUCAGUUUACUGUGGAGGUGGAUGGGUCCAAUAUUGCUGAAGUCAGUAAAUUUAAUUAUCUAAUUGAAUUGGUGAAAGACAAACCAAGAGAGGACAUCCUGGGACUGCCUCACACUGCUGCAGGAUAUCAGGAAGCUAAGAAAAUACUUCUACAAACAUACGGUAAAGAUAUUAAAGUACACAAAUCACUGAUAAAAGACCUUGAGGAAAUUCCAACUGUUACUAACAUCCACAAAUUGAAUGAAGUACAUGACUUUUAUAACAGGCUAUCAAGAAUUGUGCGUACACUCAAAACAAUGAAUAAACUGACUACAGCACAAAGUUCAGUAUAUACAUUAAUGGACAAACUAGGUCCUGUACGUGAAGUGCUUGUACAAAAGGAUGACAACUGGGAAGAAUGGGGUCUAGAAGAGCUUGUUGAGAGUCUGCGGAAAUAUGUGGAAAGAAAUCCACAGAGAGUUACUGAGGAGAAUAAUACUACAAAAUGGAGAGAUGAUAAGAAAAGAAAAGAUGAAAAAUUGCUGCUUGGGAGUAAUGGAGAUCACACAUCGAAUCGUAAAAUUAAGUGUGUGUAUUGCCGUUCUGAAGAUCACUCCAGUUAUAGUUGUGUCAAAGUGCUCGAUUUGGCCACAAGGAGAGCCAUACUCCGUAGAAAUCGAAUGUGUUUCAACUGCACAGGAGUUGGACAUCUUGCGAGUGACUGCAGAUCAAGGGGAUGCAGAAAUUGCAAAGGAAAGCACCACACAUCAAUUUGUGACAGGGCGAAAUCUACACUUAACGUUUCAGAGAGUGCAAAAGUAGAAAAGGGACUGAGUAUCACUACACAGCAUACAAGUGCGAUUCAUGCUACAGUCCUGAGCAAAGUUGGAACAGAGACAGUUCGAAUCAUGUUUGACACAGGUGCUGGUAGUUCAUAUGUGUGUACUGACUUGAUAACACAAUUGCACUUGAAACCUAUAAAGAGAGAACAACGCUGUAUAGAACAGAUGUAUGGCACUGUCAGGAAAACUGUCGAACUGUACAAUAUUACAAUAGAAUCACUAGCAGUAGGUGGGUUUUCAUUUGAUGUCACCUGUGUAAAUGCAGAAAAGGGUGUUUUAACCCACUUACCAAACCCAAACAUCAAAUCACUGAAGAAACGACAUGUUCGGUUUCGCAGACUGCAGUUUAGUGAGGAAGAAACGACUGAGAAUCUACUUGCUAUUCACAUCAUCUUGGGAGCAGCCGACUACCAGAGGAUUCGAACAACAGAACCGCUGGUGUUGGGCAUAAAUCCAGACAAGGAUCCAGGUGCUGAGUUCACUAUGUUGGGUUGGACAAUUUCAGGAAAACAGUCAUCAACAGAAAGUCAAACAGAGAAGCAGUUCUUCAUGAAAACCGGAUAUGAAGAAUUUGAGAAGCUGUGCUCACUGGAUGUUUUGGGAAUUAGGGAUGUGGAUAGCAAAGAAACUUCAAUGAUUCAUGAAGAAUUUAGACAACAGUUGAGUAUGACAGAACAGGGAUACUACGAAACCAAACUGCCAUGGAAGGAAGAUCACAUUCCUCUUCCUACAAACAAAGGCUUAUGCACAGCUCGACUAUACAGCACAUCAAAGAAACUAGAGAGAAUGGGGAAAUUAGAGGAGUACAAUAACAUUAUGAGAGAACAAAUAAAUGAGAGAAUUAUUGAGCCUGCACCAUUUCAUCAAACAGGGGAGGUCAUUCAUUAUGUGCCACAUCAGGCUGUUAUCAGAGAGAAAGCAGAAACAACAAAGAUGAGGAUAGUGUACGACUGCUCAGCAAAAGCCAACACAAAAAGCCCCUCACUCAAUGACUGCUUAGAGACAGGCCCCUCACUACAGCCACUACUGUUUGACAUUAUGAUAAGGAACCGCAUGCGAAAAUAUUGCAUCACAGGAGACAUCCAGAAGGCUUUUCAUCAAAUUCGAGUACACGAACAAGACAGAGAUGCAAUGAGAAUUUUGUGGUACAACAAACUACAAGAUCGUCAACUGAUGGAGUACCGUUUUACACGGGUGAUCUUUGGAGCAACUUCAAGUCCAUAUAUCCUAGGAGUAACACUGCAAAAACACAUUGAGAACUAUAGGGAGAACUAUCCAAUAACAGUCCAAACCCUAUUGGAUGAUACAUAUGUUGACGAUAUUCAAGGAGGAGGAGAGACAGAACAUGAUGUUGCAGUAUUCAAAGAAGAAUCUACCAAAAUACUAUCAGAAGGUGGGUUUUCACUUCACAAAUGGCACAGCAACAUCACCCAUCUUAGCUCCAAAAACAACAUAAAACAUGAAGGGACUGAUAACACAUCAACCAGUGACACAAAGAUUCUCGGUAUCCCAUGGAACAAGAUGGAAGACACACUGAUUCUUGACUUUGAGCCAGGCUUAAAAGGCAGUGAACCAACUACUAAACGGAAAAUGAUAUCGGAUAUUAACAGCAUUUAUGACAUACUUGGGUGGAGUUCACCAGUAACUAUCACUGCAAAAUUGAUCUUCAGUGAAGUUUGUCUCCUUCAGUUACAUUGGGAUGAAAGGGUGCCAGAGGGAAUUCACAAAAAAUGGUGGAUGUGGAUAAAGAGCUUGCAACUAGCACCAACCAUAACCAUACCACGCUGUGUGUUUACCGACACACCCACAAGUUUUGAGAUUCAUGGAUUUGCAGACGCCAGCAAAGUAGCUCUCUGUGCUGCAGUCUAUGUUGUGGCAUGCCGAGACUCAAAACCAGUCAGUCAGCAGUUGCUAGUUGCCAAGUCCAGAAUCGCACCAAAAGACAGGAGCAUCUCAAGAUUGGAAUUGGCAGCUGCUCAUACUUUAGCCAAAUUGCAGAAUAAUGUUUCAAAGGCACUAGCUGCAUUUCCCAUCACAGCCUGGAAUAGUUGGGUAGACAGCACAACAGUUUUGUAUUGGCUUCAAAACCACGGUGAAUGGUCAACAUUCGUUCGCAAUCGAGUAAGAAAGAUCGGAGAGCUUACAGAUGCUCAGUGGAGAUAUGUACCGACAACAGAAAACCCAAGCGACUUAGGGACCAGAGGCACAACGCCAGACCGUCUUGGUACACUUUGGUUCAAUGGGCCAAAGUGGCUUUCAAGUGAGAUAGACAGACCAGUUCAACCAGAGAUUUCUGAGUCAGCAGGCACGAAAACAGAAAAGAGGUCAACAAAGUACAAUAAAGCUAUGCUCCUGACAGAAGAUGAGAACGACUUGAAUAAAUGGGUACAAGACCUCCUGAGCCGAUUUCCCUUCUGGAAGCUUUUGCGCAUAACGGCACACAUAAAGCGUUUUGCAGACAGCUGUAGAGGGAUGAGACGGAUUGGGCCUCUCACUAAAUCUGAGAUGUCAGCAGCGGAGACAGUAUGGAUUAAAAUGACACAACAAACAAACAGAAUGACAGUCGACAUUGCAAUAUCAGUAGAUCAUGACGGGAUACAGAGAUGCAGCAGUAGAAUCCAAGGUUACAAUCCAAUCUACAUUCCACGAAAGACAGCCUUAGCGAGACGGAUAAUUGAGCAUUGCCAUAUUCUAACAUUACACGGGGGAGUAGCCACAACAAUGAGUAAGGUGAGAGAGAAAUACUGGAUUCUAAAACUGAGAUCCCUAGUCAAAUCAAUACUACACAAUUGCAACCAUUGUAAAAAGUACCGUGCAAAAAUGUUGGAUGCACCGGUGACAUCAGUUCUGCCUGCCUUCCGAACUGAAUUUACUGAGCCAUUUGAUGUGACAGGUGUGGACUUUGCAGGACCACUUCACUACAAAUUAGGCAAGAGUGAAACGAAUAAGUCUUACAUCGCUCUCUUUACAUGUGCAACUACCAGAGCUGUACACUUAAAGCUGUGCAGAGAUAUGUCAACGGUAGAAUUCAAACGUGGACUGAAGGAGUUUGUUGCACGGAGAGGAUCACCAAGUUGUAUGGUGAGUGACAAUGCCAAGACAUUUGUCGCGACCAAGAUGUGGCUAACUAAGCUUCAGAAUGAUGAAGAUAUAUUCAACUACCUCACAACAAAGGGCAUUGAGUGGAGAUUUAACUUGUCACGCUCUCCAUGGUGGGGUGGUUUCUUUGAGAGACUCAUUGGCAUCACAAAAAGAGCCCUAUCCAAAACUAUAGGACGAGCGCUGCUGACGUUCGAAGAACUCGAGGAAGUACUGCUGGAUGUAGAAGUUUUCAUGAACAACAGACCAUUGUGCUACAUGGAGGAAGACUUAGAACAAGUAGUUAUCACUCCAAAUAUGUUGUUACGCGGAAAGCCAGCACGUUACCUAGAGGACAAUGUUCAUGACUUAGAUGACGACAUAGGCAAACGUCUAAAAUACCUUAAGACCUGUAGAGAACAUGUACGUAAACGUUGGUUGAAUGAAUAUUUACAUGCAUUACAGGAGCGUAAUACCAAGGGGUUAGAAACCAAAAAGCAUGAAUUGCCAGGAAAGAACUCUCUCAUUCUACUGAAGGACUCAACAAAGAACCGAGCAAAUUGGAAGAUAGGACGCAUUGUAGAUACCAUUGUUGGUAAGGACGGAGUGAUCAGAGGAUACAAAAUCAAGACAGGCAGUGGCUACAUCGUUGAAAGGCCACUCCAAUUGGUUUGUGACCUAGAAAUCAGCAAUACAAAUGAUGAAACUCCAGUGGGUGAUGAUAUUAAAUCAGAAGAACCAGAUGGGACCCUCAAGAACCAGAAUGUGAGUCGUCCAAGUCGAAAGGCAAAGACUGCUGCAGUGAACCGCUUAGUUGGUGUCAUUGCAAACGAGAUUGAGGACGAUUAG